AUGGCUGAAGUCGACCAACCCCUAGAACUUCACGCACGACACAUCGUUUACUGUGGCGUAUGCACUCUUCCACCAGAGUACUGCGAAUUCGGCGGCACAUCCAAAAAAUGCGAAGAAUGGCUCCAAAAAACUCAUCCAGACCUACAUGAGCAACUAUACUCUGAAGAAGCAUUAAACGCAAACCUCUCCACACUUUCAAUCACAGCCCGCGAAAAAGCAGCCAAAGACGCCGCCAAAAAAGAAGCCAAAGCCCUACAAGCCGAAACCCGCGACGCAGAACGCCUCGCCUCCUCCAAGAUAAUCAUCAAGCGCGUCGAGCGCAACAAGCGGAAAUUCGUCACCGUCGUUAUCGGCCUCGAACAGUUCGGAUUGGACCUGAAAAAAGUGGCCAAGGAGCUAGGCAAGAAGUUUGCGACGGGGUCGAGUGUGACCAAGUCCGCGGCCGGCGCGGAGGAGAUUACGGUUCAGGGCGAUGUUAGUGACGAUCUGUUUGAGUGGUUGGUUGAUAUACACGGGGAUAAGGUGCCGGAGGAUAAUGUGGAGUUGGUCGAGGAUAAGAAGAAGAAGGCUGCCACUUAG